AUCGUGUCUAUUGAGGGCGCCCUGGUUUUGUCACGUCGAUUUGACUCAAAUUACAUUCACAAAUCACAAUACCAGAAUACGCAUGCAAACUCAUGCAGUUUUUGCUUACGUGUUCAAUCCUGCAUACUGACACUUUUUUCGACUGCUUCCUUGGAUAAACUAAGACGAUGUCAUCUGGAUUGUGACAUCACAUCUGAAGAUUGUGUUUUUGAAUAACAUCAACAUGCAUCGCCAAUUCAUCUUGUAACAUCGACCUAUCCAAUUGUUCGAAGUGAACCACUGUUAGCAGUCAAUACAUGUAACUAUGGCCCUCGAGGCAAAAGAUGCUAUGUCCGUCGUGGCAACGUUGUCUACUAUUGCACUCCUCCUAACGGGAAUACAAAUUUGUAUGAAGGUUCGGAGGCAAGGGAACACCAACAACGUCUCCAUGUUUCCAUUUCUGGCUUCAGACGUUAGUUGUAUUAUAUGGCUGAAGUACGGCAUUCUCAAAGAGGACAACGCGCUGAUUAUCGUCAACACCGCUGGAGUCAUUCUUCAGUCAAUUUAUAUUUUUAUCUACUAUCUCCAUGAAUUUGAAAAAGUUUCAAUACACAAAAAGCUGUUGUACGCCGGUGUAUUUAUUUUCCCUGUCCUGUCCUACGUCAAGUUCUACGUGGAUGACGUGGGAACGGCCCUGGGCCAGCUAGGUCUAAUUGGCUGUUUCUGCUCCGUCAUCAUGUAUGGAUCUCCUCUUAGCACAUUGGCGGACGUAAUCCGAACCCAAAGCACAGCCUCCAUGGCCUUCCCGUUAUGCCUAGCCAACUUCCUGGUGGCUGCUGAGUGGGCUGUCUACGGUCACAUCAUCAUGGAUAAUUUUGUCAAGGUGCCCAACAUCAUUGGUGCCCUGCUCGGUUUCAUCCAGCUAAUGUUAUUCUAUUGCUACUCAGGCUCACCAGGUGCAGGGAACCAGGCGGCGGGACAGGUCAGAAAUGUAUGACAAAACCAGAGACGAAAAUCACUGGUAACCGAACUAUUAUAUCUGUGGAGAGUUUUGUCAAUUUCUUACAAGGUUCAGACUUGACCAUAGACAUUUUAACAUACAAACUAUGUUGUUCUAUAUUUGUUAAACUCUGACGUACAUGUACGUCAUAUUCAUUGUACUGAUAUUUUUCUUUAUAUUUUUCUGACUAUAGUAGCAUUAGUCUAAAGACACUACCUGUUAUUUUGCUGAAAAUAUAUUUUACCAGAACUGCAAAAUCACAAUAAUUGAAAUUAUGAAUAUGGAGUUUUUCGGAUGAUUGAUUUGUAGUCUUUGAGAAUUAAUAUUUGAACAAGAAAUCAGUGCAGUUAUAUGAAAAUUACCUGA